GCAGACAUGUCCUUCCGCAAAGUGGUCCGGCAGAGUAAAUUCCGGCAUGUGUUCGGGCAGCCCGUCAAGAAUGACCAGUGCUACGAGGACAUUCGAGUGUCCCGUGUUACCUGGGACAGCACUUUCUGCGCAGUCAACCCCAAGUUCCUGGCAGUGAUUGUGGAGGCCAGCGGUGGGGGCGCCUUCCUGGUGCUCCCCCUAAGCAAGAUGGGCCGCAUUGACAAGGCCUACCCGACGGUGUGUGGGCACACAGGACCUGUCCUGGACAUCGACUGGUGUCCCCACAAUGACGAAGUCAUCGCCAGCGGCUCGGAGGACUGCACGGUCAUGGUGUGGCAGAUCCCUGAGAACGGGCUGGCCUCCCCACUGACGGAGCCGGUGGUGGUUCUGGAGGGGCAUACCAAGCGAGUGGGCAUUAUCACCUGGCACCCAACAGCCCGAAACGUGCUUCUCAGUGCAGGCUGCGACAACGUGGUGCUCAUCUGGAACGUGGGCACAGCGGAGGAGCUGUACCGCCUGGACAGCCUGCACCCUGACCUCAUCUACAAUGUCAGCUGGAACCGCAACGGCAGCCUCUUUUGCUCGGCAUGCAAGGACAAGAGUGUGCGCAUCAUUGACCCCCGCCGGGGCACCCUGGUGGCAGAGCGGGAGAAGGCUCACGAGGGGGCCCGGCCCAUGCGGGCCAUCUUCCUGGCCGAUGGCAAGGUGUUCACCACGGGCUUCAGCCGCAUGAGCGAGCGGCAGCUGGCGCUCUGGGACCCAGAAAACCUUGAGGAGCCCAUGGCCUUACAGGAGCUGGACUCAAGCAAUGGGGCCCUGCUGCCCUUCUACGACCCAGACACCGGCGUGGUCUACGUCUGCGGCAAGGGUGACUCCAGCAUCCGGUACUUUGAGAUCACAGACGAGCCCCCUUACAUCCACUUCCUGAAUACCUUCACCAGCAAGGAGCCCCAGCGGGGCAUGGGCAGUAUGCCCAAAAGGGGCUUAGAGGUCAGCAAGUGCGAGAUUGCCCGGUUCUAUAAACUGCAUGAGCGCAAGUGUGAGCCCAUUGUCAUGACUGUGCCAAGAAAGUCUGACCUCUUCCAGGACGAUCUGUACCCCGACACAGCUGGGCCCGAGGCAGCCCUGGAGGCGGAGGAGUGGGUGAGUGGGCGGGACGCCGACCCCAUCCUCAUCUCACUGCGGGAGGCCUACGUGCCCAGCAAACAGCGGGACCUGAAGGUCAGCCGGCGCAACGUGCUGUCUGACAGCCGGCCCACCGUGGCCCCUGGCUCUGCCCGCCCGAUGGCCUCCACAGCUGCUGCCACCACCACUGCCACCACCACCAGUGGCAGCUUUGCUGGAGCUGGGGAGGCUGGGAAGCUGGAGGAGGUGAUGCAGGAGCUACGGGCACUGAGGGCGCUGGUCAAGGAGCAGGGUGAGCGCAUUGGCCGCCUGGAGGAGCAGCUCGGCCGCAUGGAGAAUGGGGACGCAUAGGACCACCCGCCCGUGGACACCACUUCCCCCACGCUGCCACCUGCUCCUCCACCCCCUUCUCACUCGGCUUCUGCUGGCAGGUCACACCUCCCGGUGGGCCUCUGGGGCAGAUCAGGGGCCAGUUCACACCCAACCUAUCCUGGGCCCCAGUCCGGAGCCACCACCUGGCUUUCGUCAUUGUUACUGAGGAGGAUUUUUGUACCAAGGCAAGCUUGCUUGUACUCUGAGGGACCAUCUCCGCCACCCCCGCCCAGCCCUCUGCUACCUCCCCAAAGGAAGCAGUGCGAGGGAUGGGCUCUCUAUUUUCAUUCCAAAUAAAAUUCUCUUUCUAAAAGC